UUUAAUAUUUAUUUGAUUCGGGUACGGCCUCGAUCACCAAACUAGAAGCAAACAGUUUUCUUUCUAAUAAUCUUUCACAGCUACACUAAUCAGCCUACUAUUCUUGUUUGACAUAGAAAGAAAGAACCCGGAGAGAUCCUUUGGGGGAGCCAAUGCAGAGAUAAAGGGGCAACCAACCAAAAAGAGUGAUUCAAUUGGUUGAGCAAGAUGUCGACAUCGACGAACCUGGUGGUCCUGGACAAUGGCGGUGGGCUAAUAAAAGCAGGCAUCGACGGCGAGCACGACCCCUUCGCCAUAGUCCCAAACUGCCUUUACCGCCCCCCAACAUCGAAGAAGUGGCUCCACCUCUACUCUGGCAAUGAAGACCUCACCUCUGCCGCCAUGCGCUACCCCGUGGACCGCGGCUACCUCAUAAACCCGGACCUACAACACAAAAUCUGGUCCCACCUCUUCUCCUCCGUCCUCCACACAAACCCUUCCAAAUCCUCUCUCAUCCUCACAGAGCCUCUAUUCACAGCCCCCUCCAUCCAACGCUCCAUGGAUGAACUCGUCUUCAAGGACUUUAACUUUUGGGCCCUCUACCUGGCCGAUUCUGCCUCUAUCGUCUACCUCUACAAGGCCAGCCGCAACAAUGCCAACGGGAUCCUCUCCAAGGCCCAACAAAGCCUCGUCGUGGACUUGGGCUUCUCCUUCACCCACACCUCCCCCGUCUUUCACAACUUCGCCCUCAACUACGCCAUCAGGAGAAUCGACCUCAGUGGCAAGGCCCUCACUAACUACCUCAAGGAUCUCGUCUCCUUCCGCUCCGUCAACAUCAUGGAAGAGACUUUCAUCAUCAAUGAUGUCAAGGAGAAGCUCUGCGGCUUAUGUUGUUCCCCCAACUAUGAUAUCCUCCUUACUGAAUUUGUUAAGUAUCCAGAUCAGGCACAACACUAUCUUGCAUUGAGGGAGUGUGGCCUUCCUUCUUCACCAUCAGUGGAUGCACCAGGGGAUGUGAAAUGCCUGGAAAUUGCUAAGCAGCCAGAGGACAGGAAGAUAGUUGAUUUGACAAAAAAUGAAUUUGACUUGACAAACAAACAGUUUCUUGUGCCAAAGAUGAUAUUUCGUCCUGCUGAUUUGGGUCUAUCACAAGUUGAGCUAGUUGAAUGCAUUGUACGUGUUGUUAAUGUGUGUCAUCCACAUCUUCACCCUGUACUCUAUGAAAGCAUCAUUUUAACUGGUGAAAGCACCUUAUUUCCUCAGUUUGUUGAGAGACUCGAGAAGGAGCUUCGGCCUCUAGUUCCUAAUGACUAUCGUGUGAAGAUAGCAACUCAAGAAGAUCCCUUACUAGGUGUUUGGCGUGGAGGGUCACUGUUGGCAUCAAGUCCAGACUUUGAAGCUAUGUGUGUGACCAAGUCUGAGUAUGAGGAGCUUGGUUCUGCUAGAUGUCGCAAGAGAUUCUUUCAUUAA